UUUCCUAUAUAAGCCCUAAUUUCUCGCUGUAGUACGUUCAUCGUCAGGUCUCUCUGUCUCUGUAUUAUUAUUUCCUUUGCUCGAGAACACGAAGAUCCUAGUUUUUUGAAGUAUAAAAGAUCCGGCCAUGGAUGUUACUGGAGGCUAAACCUUGCAGUCUGGCAUGGCCUUCACUGAUUUGGAUAUGUGUGUGAGAGGAAUCGGUUCUAAUUUCAGAAGAAUCGUCGAGUGUAGCUACUUUAGGAGCAAAGAUUUGGGUAUGGAAUAUGAAUUGGACUGGACUGGGAAUCAAAAUUCAUCAGUAGUGACUGCGACAGUAAUCUGUUCUUCGGCAUCUUUUAUUCCUUGGUCUUUGAAAAUUCCUAUAGGUGACGGGUUUCACGAGUUUCUUUAGUAGGCCCUUGUCAUCCGAUACAAUAUUUGUUAGGCAUUCUUUGGAGAUACAACGACUUGAAUCCGACUGAAGCCACAGAGGGCUAUCAUCAAGUUUGAUCCUUUUUCCUCGUGUGAAACCGUUAGAAGAUGCAUUGUUUUGUAAGUGGCAAGAAAAGGAUUGUGGGUCAGAGCAUGUGUUUCUCGAAAGGCAACCUACGUUUAUCUUCCCGGGUGUCUGAAAAAUUUCAAGGCAACCCUCUGAUUCCUGGAUUGCCUGAUGACGUGGCAAAACUCUGUCUCGCGCUUGUUCCACGAGCCAACUUCCCAUCCAUGGGAAGUGUCUGUAGGAAAUGGAGGUUCUUUAUGCAAAGCAAAGAGUUCAUCACUGUGAGGAAAUUAGCCGGAGUUCUUGAGGAAUGGCUCUAUGUCUUAACAAUGGACAUUGAUGGGAAAGAAAGCCACUGGGAGGUUAUGGACUCGUCGGGACAUAAACUCUCAUGUCUUCCAUCGAUGCCUGGUCCCACAAAAUCUGGAUUUGGAGUGGCUGUCCUUAACGGGAAGCUUCUUGUCGUUGCCGGUUACUCUGUGAUCGAUGGUGCUCGUGUUGCAUCAUCCGAUGUUUAUCAGUAUGAUUCUUGCCUCAACAGCUGGAGCAAACUCUCGGAACUGAAUGUAGCUCGCCAGGACUUUGCUUGUGCCGAGGUGAACGGCCUCAUUUAUGUAGCGGGAGGUCACGGAAUAGACGGAGAAAGUCUCUCGAGUGCUGAGGUUUACGACCCACAGACCAGCAAAUGGACCCUCAUAGAAUCCCUCCGGCGUCCCAGAUGGGGCUGUUUCGCUUGUGGUUUCGACGGGAAGCUUUACGUAAUGGGCGGGAGAUCCAAUUUCACAAUCGGCAACUCAAAGUUUGUUGAUGUUUACGACCCCGAAUGCGGCUCCUGGCGCGAAAGCAAGAAUGGUUUGACUAUGGUGACUGCUCAUGCUGUGAUGGGGGAGAAGCUGUUCUGUAUUCAGUGGAAGAACCAGAGGAAGAUGUUGGUGUUUAAACCGGAGGAGGAUUCAUGGGAAGCGGUGGCUCUGCCGUUAUCGGGAAGCUCGAGGGCUGGGUUUCAGUUGGGUAAGCUGGGCGGUAAGCUUCUGCUGUUUCCGUCGCAGGAAGAAACCAGUUUCAGCACCUUACUCUAUGACCCGAAAGCCGAUCCUGGCUCCGAGUGGAAAACUUCUGAUAUCAAACCAUCUGGUUCUUGCCUCUGCAGCGUUUCAAUCGCUGCCUGAGGAAAAAUAAACCCUCUCCUUUUUUUUUCGUUUCUGCGUAUCUCCACCGAUGAUUUCCCGGUGGUAUGAAUCCCAAGGAACUGUUUCGAUUUCGAUUCAAGUUUUAUGUGUUCAUGCAAAUACUCUCUGUUUGAUUCAAAGUAGAAACAAAAGGGAUCAUUUUAGGACAGAUGACAAACUCUGUUAAUAAUGGGGUAUUCUGAUUGAUGAUCAGUGGUUUCUGCUGUUA